UCGACUUCACGCUUCGCCCUGUUGACUGGUUGGAUAAUCUUGUUUCCUUCAAAGAUGUCUUUGAAUCAGAUGCAGUGCAAGCAGGAAAUCACCCUCCCACCUGGCCUGAGCAAAACGAUUCCAAAGCAAAGCCAAGAGCCGGUUCCAUGCCCUGAGCAGGUCCCAUGUCCACAGCAACAACCUGAAGUCCAAGUCCCAGACCCAACCCCUGUAGUUGUGGUACAGUGCUCAGAGAAAACAGAGCCACUGCAAGCACCCUUGGUGGAACCAGGCAAGGGAGAAGCACCAGUGGUCAUAAUACCUGAGUGUCCACCCCAGGAACAGCAGCAGCAGCAGCAAACCAAGCUACCACCAACUUUCCCUCCUGUAUCACACCCUGAACCUAUUUCAUGCUCCCAAGAGAAAUCAGAAUGCAAAGAGAUGCCAGAGCCCACCCUUGUUAUCUGCCCUGAACCUGCACCGUGUCCCCAGGAGAAGCAGGAAUGCAAAGAGAUCCCCGUGCCGGUCCCUGUUCCAAGCCCUGACCCCGCUCCAUGUCCCCAGGAGAAGCAGGAAUGCAAGGAGAUCCCUGUGCCAAUCCCCGUUCAAUGCCCUGAACCUGCACCAUGCCCCCAAGAGAAGCAGGAAUGCAAGGAGAUCCCUGUGCCUGUCCCUGACCCUGCACCAUGUCCCCAAGAGAAGCAGGAGUGCAAGGAGAUCCCGAAGCCUCUCCCAGUUCAAUGCUCUGACCCUGAACCAUGUCCUCAGGUGAAGCAGGAGUGCAAAGAGAUCCCGGUGCCAACCCCAUGUCCCCAGGAGGAGCAGGAUGUCAAGGAGAUCCCGGUGCCUGUCCCUGUUCAAUGCCCUGAACCUGCACCUUGUCCCCAAGAGAAGCAGGAAUGCAAGGAGAUCCCAGUGCCGACCCCUGAGCCGGAGCAGUGCUCUCUUCCUGAGAAGCAUCCUCCCAUCGAGCAGCAGCAGGUGAAGCAGCCCAACCAGUGGCCACUGAUGCAGAAGUAACUUGCAGCUGACAAGGGAAGCCCUGAAGAGAGAAGCAGGAUGCAAGACCUCCUCUCCCCUUGUCUCACACAUCUCCCCGUGUCUCACAGGUCAUUUUCCAACACCCUUUUCACCGCAGAAUUUCUGUUAAGAAGCACGGCUCCCAACUCCCCCCACUAAUGCUAGCGUUAUCCCGUACUAACAGCCAUACGCUAACCAACACGUCAGGACUGUCAAUAGAUAGGAAGGCUUCGAGUGGUGGUGUAGGCAUGUGCAUUCAACUUUCCAGCAACCUGAAUCUCUGCCCUCUCCCAACCAUUCAUGGCUUUCAAACACCUGGAGAGAAACCGAAGAGCAUGAUGGCAGGCUGGAGCCAGGGUUCAUUAAGCUAAGUGUUUGAACUCAACCCAAUGAGCCAGCUCAUCCUGCAGACCUGCACACUGCCUCCUGGUUUCCACACACCCCCCCCCCCCCCCCCCCCCCCAGCUCCCUGCAUAUGCGAAUGCCAUCUCCCACCUUGCAUUUAGGGUUUUUGCCUAUUAAUAAUAGGAUUUGAGUUUUCUGCAGAACCUGCCGCUAAGGCGUUCUGGUUGAUGGCAAGAAGGCUUUCUGAAUCAUGAAUCCACAGUGCUAAAUAUUUUAUGCAAUUAAAAAAAAAAAAAAAUCAAUUCGGCUAGAGGAAAGGAAAGAUUUUUACAAAAGAGCCAUCACCUCUUAAUUAUCUGCUUAGCUGAGCUUGUAGUCAUCAGCGCUUUCCUGAGAGAGCUCAGCUCUGAUUUUCUAGGAUGUGUAAAGAGCAGCUUGAGCCGAGAGUAUUUAUGGAAAAGAUAUAGAUAAUUAAAUGCAACCCAGACAUGUUUUGAAAUAGUUUAACCUCAUGCAUGGCUUCCAGCUGUUAGACAGGAUAAAGGAGGCGGCAUACAUGGUGCUGUCAGAAUUACACCCUGGAACAUAUUUCACCACACAGUGCUGUUGCGUAUGUGUUUGGUGCUUAACUCUAAUUAUUUUAGGCUGAUAUUGUAUCCAGGUUUAUUUCACUGUGAAA